AACAGAUGCACAGAGAGUCAGAGAGAGACUGAGAAGAGGCUCAUGCACAGCAGAACACAUUGCCUGUUUAUUUUUUCUGACAAAACAAAUAGAGUACUGGGAUAUAGCUGAAUUGGCAAGCUCUCUCAGUCAUUCAUGGACACAAGGCGCUGUUCACCCUCAGGCACCAUGACAGCCUUCAUCCUGUCUGUCCUCUUCCUGCUACCCCUCGCCAUGGCGGACGCACCUCCUGGCUGCAAGAUCCGUUUUACCUCCAGGGGCCUUGAGAUGUUGAAAUAUGAAACCCAGAGGUUUGUGGAGGAAGAGCUCAGCAACAUCACCAUGCCAGAGAUGAAAGGAAAAGAUGGGCGAUUUCAGUAUACUAUUAACAACGUGAAGAUCACCCAAAUGAAUCUGACUCAUGUUGACCUGCGCUUCCAGCCAGGCCUGGGCCUGUUCUUUGAAGUGGAGAACUCCUCCAUCACCCUUAACUUCCAUAGACGGAUUCUCUACUGGUUCUUUUAUGAUGUGGGCUCUAUUAACGCCUCUGCAGAGGGUGUUAAUAUCCACACAGCUCUGAACCUGAUCAGGGAUGAAGUGGGACGUCUCAAGAUCUCGAAUAUCACCUGUGAUGCCUACAUAACCAAGAUGAAGGCCAAAUUCAGUGGCACUCUUGGGAGAGUAUAUGAGUUUGUUGCGACAUUCUUGACCACUGGAAUGCGCUUUCUCUUAAAUCAACAGAUAUGUCCUUCUCUGGAUCAUGCUGGUCUGGUUUCGAUUAAUGCUUUACUGGAGACUAUUCCAGUGCGCUCAGAGGUGGACAGUUACAUUGGUAUUGAUUAUUCCCUGCUGAAGGAUCCGGUGGUGACGGACAACAGUCUGGACAUGGAUUUCAGGGGCAUGUUCUAUGAACUUCAGAACGAGAAUGAAACCCUGCCCAACAAUGCUCCAACUCCAAUUAUGACAGAGUAUGAUAAGAUGGUUUACCUGGCGUUGUCAGAGUACUUCUUUGACAGCGGUUUGGAUGCUUACUUUAGAGCCGGAAUGUUUAAAACAGAGAUUUCAAACGGGCGGAUGUCAAAGGAUUUAGAGAUGCUUCUGAGAACAACCUACUUUGGGACCCUCAUGAUGCUUAACCCUGCCCUUAUGGAGGCCCCGCUGGCGUUGGAGCUGGAGGUCACUGCUUCCCCCCGUUGUACCAUCAAACCCACUGGAGCCAGCGUGGUGGUCAAUGCUAUCGUCAACGUCCUGGUGCUACCCCCGGGCCAGCCUCCUGUCCAGCUAAGCAGCAUGACCAUGGAGAACAAAUUUAAUGCCAAGGUGUCGAUGAAAGGGAAGAGACUCACCGUUAAUAUGGAUUUGAGAAGGUUUAAAAUCUUCUCAAACAAAUCUGCGCUGGAAUCACUGGCGCUGAUCCCCCUGCAAGGGCCACUGAAAACCAUGCUUCAGAUCUCUGUGGUGCCGCUUAUCAACAAUUAUACCAAGAGAGGUGUGCAGAUCCCAUUGGCAGAUGGAAUGGACUUCAUUGAAGAAGUGGUGAACUAUUACAAUGGUUACAUUGUAAUAGGAGCAAACCUGCACUUUACCAAGGGUUUACGAGAAAUCAUUGAGAGCAAAGUGGCAAGAGACAGCAACAACACCGUCUAGACGAUGUCCAUUCCUGGUGACUGCGGAGCAGGUGCCAAACCCUGGAGAGCCAUUCAGCCCUCUCCCUAGAGUCCAACCGUCCCAUUUGUGUAGAUUUGCAACCUUGGUGUUUUACACACGUUCUCCUGAAGGCGUUGGACCAGGUAAAGGGGGACAGUACUAAUCCCAGCUAGUGGGUAGAUCAGUGGGGGGGGGGGGCUCUCACUCCAGCCUUCACGGUCCUCUAAUGUUUACUGUUGCAUUCAUGUGUACAAUAUUACGGUAAAGUUGUAUUUAAGUUUUUAAAAAAAAAACAGAACACUGUGUGGAUCCUCCUCCGAUCCCCCUGCAUGUUAUACUCUGGGUAAACCAUACACCAGCAUCUGAUUCCAGGAUGCUGAAUUGCAUUGCCAAGUAUUCCAAAGUACAAUUAAAUGGAGUUAUUCAGAUAACUGUAUGAAGUGAAACAUCUACAGUCAUUUCAUUACUAUUAGCCGCGGCUUAUACAUUGAUUUUGCAAAAUUUCUUCAGCUAUGAGGUUAGUAUAGGGGGGCAGUUAAUAUGGUGUUAAUGUUUUUUUAAACACCGUCCUGUGGCUUAUACGCAGGAAAUUACUGUAAGGAUGGUCCAGUGGUGAAAGGUUUCCAAGUAGUACUAGACAAAAAUCUGGCUCAACCUAAAAUAGGAUAGCUCACUUUGUACACCAAUACACCAGUGAUACAGAUUGAGUGGGGAAAAAACCUUUCACAUUACAUUGUAAGCUGUACCAGUAUUUAGAACCAGUCAAACAUUUGGUAGACUAACUUGUGUGCACUACCUUUGUACAACUCCUUAUUUAGACAAUGUGUGUCAUUUUAGAUGUUUAUUGAGUUAUAAAUCAAUGAGUUAGUGCUACUGAGCUACUUACAGUUGUAUUAGACAGCUUUUUUCCCUUUGAGUGUGUUUGAUAUUGCAAGUCAUGUAUUGAUGUCUUCUGUUAAGAUUAAAAGGCUCAUGAACACUCA